AAUCGAUAUGGAGACAAAAACAAAAGCUUUUAACUUUUUCAAUUCAGCAAAAUUCAAAACCAUGUUCUCCAUUAUUUAAAUUUUCCUCUCCGAAGGGCUUAUACUAUAUGGUGUUCUCCCUGUUUCUCUAGGGCUUAUAGUUCAUACGAAAAUUGUGCAAUUGCAAUGAACACCUCAUCGCCAGCCAAUUCUUCCAUUUCCACCACGGCGGUGGCCGGAAGGUGUAGCACUAACGCCGCAAUGUCACUUGACGAUUUUCGCUUCCCCGCCAAUUUAAUUUCGGUUCCAGAGCGCAAGGACGAGGCCAUGACCGCUCUUAAGUCUAAUAUAAUGGCUGCACUAAACAAGGAGGUCAAAUCCCUAGAUGAUGAUAACUGGAUGUUUGAAGGUCCUCGCUCCCGUAUCAACCUUAUGUCUCAACAAGGUGCUAAUUGCCAUGCAAUUCCCUAUCAGGUGGUCAUUUCCUCAAAAAGACAGAAGAGAAAAGAAGAUAAUGGAUCAGAUUGAUAUGAAUGAUCUCCAUCCUGGAGAAAUAUUGUGAUUAUUGUGCUGGCUUCGGAGUACUCGGUUUCAUUUAUCCAAUCAAGUAAUCAAUUCUUCUUUUCAAUUUAUAAUUAUUCUAUAGAUGUAAAGAGUUUGCAAAUGCUUGUCCAAAUGAAACAUUGCUUUGAAACACUACAUCCGACGUCGUAGGGUCUGAUUUUUUAAGCGUUAAAAAAGUGUUUGUAAGUGAAAAAUAUGUUUUUAAGUCAAUCCAAACGUGCCCUUAACAUCUGGAGAGGAAAA